CAACGUGGCAACACUCAACACUUCAAAGUUGUUCUUUUUACAUGUACUUUACAAUCCGAGGACACGCCUUGUUGGACUGCAGCUGUCAAACUCCUCAGGGCGUGCUCCACUGUUUACUCUCAGCUCCCUGAGAAUACUCACGCUGGGAUAGGCUAUAUAACGGAGAUGAAGGAUUCAUACCCUGAAUGGUGUGAUUUAGAUUUAGUACGGUUUUUUUCUCUCUCUCAUCGGGAUCAUUUACACUCUCUAGCACUGGUUCCUUUGCAGUAACAACACAUUGUUAUAUGGGUCACGGUAUUUUGUGAACUUUAUCCUCUUGUUAUCAUGCUGACUUGUUAUCAGCUGAUGUGUUUCCUGUGAAAUGAUGUGGCAGCCGUGGAUGUACUUUGACUGCAUCUGGCAUGUACGAACUGAAAGAACCUAAACAAAACACAUUGUUACUGUGUGGAUUUUACUUUGAAAUAAGGAUUUCUUGGAGACAGAAUUUCCUACCUUAACAGGGAGGGCUGAUCUUGUGUGAAGGGGUCAUCAUGGAUCAGAGUGUUAACAGAGAUCCCAUCCUGCCCAACUCUGGCCGUCACUCCCACAGAACAAGAGACAGAGAGGACUACUACAGGUAUUCUCAGCAGGAGAGGGACCAGACCUACCCACCACAGAACCCCAGAGUGAGGGACAGGCACUGGGCUCAGGCGGAUGCCCACUACAGGGCUCACUUCACCAGUCCUCCUGCCAGACCAGAGCAGUAUCCUCACAACACUCAGCAGUAUCCUUAUGGCUAUGGCCGUCCGGAACACCAAAGACCCCAGUCCAGGCAUGGAUAUGACUAUCCACCCCAGAGCCACUGGGACUACAGAGACAACUAUGGUUAUUAUGACCAUGACUACUAUAGAGGACAUCAUGGACAACAAGAUACUGGCCAGUGGGGUCCCCAAGACUCUUUGAGAACGGGCCCUUAUCAUGACAAUACAUACAAGCUGGGACAUUCAGGGAGCUCCUACACUGAGGACUACAGGUAUGACCAAGGCAGAGACAACUCCCAGCAUUACCUCAAUGACUACGAGGAUAAUCCCUCCAGAGACAAUGAAGAGGUUUCCUCUUAUUACCCGGCGACAUUAGAAAGUUCCAAAAACUCAGGGUUAUCCUCCAGCAGCUAUGAACUAAGUCAGUACAUCAAUGGAGCUGAACACAGCGAGCCUGUCAUACAAUCUGUUCACACAUCUGAUGCAGAGCAUCGACCGAUGCAUCAGAUGGCAGCUCCUCUGAAGUACUCAAUCCCUCAUGCGGUUGUCAGCUUUGGGCCAGCAGGCCAACUGAUACGGGUCACGCCACGCUUGUCCACACAGGAGAACGUCAGCCAGCUGGAAAUCCACAGUCUGGAAAUAAUUCUGGGUGAGACAAAGGAACAGCAGGAGAUGAGAAGCUUCCCAGGGCCCUUAAUCAGGGAAGAUUUGCACAAAGUAGAUGCUAUAGAGUUUGCCCACCAGAGGGCAGGCGCCUGCAUGAGUGGUGACAACCAGCAUGAUAAGAGUUCUGCUGCCCUCUUGUGGAAUUUACUCAUCUUGCUCUGCAGACAGAAUGGACAAAUAGUUGGCUCAGAUAUCGCAGAGCUGCUGAUGCAGGGCUCACAUUCAGAUGGAAGCUGGGAGUCAGAUGCUCCAACACUCAUUGACUUCAGUGAGGGCACAACUGCUGAAGCACCACCUCGCACAGGAGAUGACCUGCUCACAGGAAACUGGAGCAGCUUGAGUUCUGAGACCUCUGAGACCACGCUGCAACGCUACACUCAACUGCUGCUUGCUGGAAGAAAGAAGGAGGCCUUGGAGUCAGCUAUGAGCAGCGGCCUGUGGGGACAUGCACUUUUUCUGGCCAGCAAAAUGGACAACAGAUCCUACACCACUGUGCUGAACAGGUUUACAGGCCAGCUAACAGCCAGUGAUCCCCUCCAGACUCUCUUCCACCUGCUGACUGGGAGAAUCCCUGCUGUAGCCAUGUGCUGUGGAAAUGAGAAAUGGGGAGACUGGAGGCCCCAUCUAGCUGUUAUGCUCUCCAAUGAGACAGGAGAUCCUGCCAUCCAACAGAAGGCCAUCGUCACUAUGGGAGACACACUCGCCUCCAAAGGCCUUAUACAUGCCGCCCAUGUGUGCUACCUGACAGCCAGUUAUCCCUUUGGGGUAUUCACACAGAAGGCAGAAAGACUUGUGCUUCUAGGCAGCAGCCACAGGCAAUCCUUUGAAUACUUUGCCACAAACCUUGCCAUCCAGUGCACUGAAUUGUAUGAGUACUGCCAGACACUUGGGGGCAAAUGCCUUUCAAUACCAUCCUUUCAGGUGUAUAAGUUUCUGUAUGCCUGUCGACUGCUAGACUGUGGGCUUGCAUCUCAGACCUUUCACUACUGCGAGGUGGUAGGACAGGCAAUCCUCAGACAGAGGGAGCCUUUCUUUGUGCUGACUGGAGAGGUUAUUAAGCUGUCAGACAGGCUGAGACACUCUGAGGGUCAGUUCAGUGAAGCAGGUGUUAGCGGAGCCGAGCAGGAACCUGACUGGCUGAAACAGCUUCGUGCUAGGCACCACAGUUUACAGACGGGGAGUUACGAUUGUACUGAAACAUACCAGCCACCUCAAAAGGGAAGUACUUUGGCACGUGAGGACAGCAAAGUGUUCUUAGAAUCAGACUUUGAUGACCUAAACCAUGACAUCCAGAGUCCAGAGCCUGAACUCCUUUAUUACAGAGGCACUGGGGAUCAAGAAAAACUUGAGCAUCAAGUUCAACGAAUUACUGAGGAAAUUAGCACGUUGUCCUGGGAUGUUAGCAAAACUCAGGACUGGUACAAAAGGCCAUCUGCCAAUUCCCCAAUGCCAGUAACGCUGGUUUAUGCUCCCCCAACACCCAGCGUGGCUACGAGUCAAGACUUGAGUUAUCGUAACGUAGAUACUGCUGAAAUCACAACUGCCACGCCACAUUGUCAGUUGAGUAAUCUGCCAUCAGCAGCAGAGGGGGCUGGCUCAUCCUCUGAAGCAGGCACAAUAGGGGUUCGGAUGCUGGAAGUCAACUUCAGUCAGCAGGCGCAAUGCCAGCCGAGCAUCCCGCAAGUUUUAGAGGCCUCUGAGCAGACCAACGAGCCUCCUAAACAGAACACCAAGGCAGGAUGGUUUAGUGGUUGGUUCAAAUCAAAACCUCAGUAUGUUCAAAAGGAGACUCCUGAGCAGAGUAGCCCAGCUCAGAUGGAGCUACCACCGACUGCUAGCUUCUGUCCUCCUCCACUACCUGCGAUUUCCUCUCCUGGCAUGUUUCCAUCCCAACAUUCCUCUGCUGGGAUCAACCCCUUUUCAACAAAAGCAGGCCAGCAGCUGGGGUAGAAGCCCUGUCAAGACCACUAGCCUGUGCCACAGGACCACUGACUUCACUAGAACCAAAGUGGAGAUAUCACACCACCUACUAUUAACAGUGUCUUUAUGUCAAGUGAGAGCUUCACGUGAGACCCCCUCUGCCAACAUUUAUUUUUAAAGGAUGACCUUUCAAACCCCCACAGCCUGCUUACCAUCAUGUUCCAUAUUAGAAACAGAAAUACUCUGGAUCGACUGGCAUAGUAACUCAAAUUGCAGCGAGUGACCGCUGAGAUGUGCUUUGUAAAAGCUGACAGCAGGGAAAUGACCAGUGGAUGCAGGACAUACCGUAUUUGGGGGAAGGGAUAUCUUAAUUGACCCCAAUAACCAUUUAUGUAUGAGGCAUUUGACCACUGAUGCCAGCAACACGGAGCGACUAUCCAUCUACACCAGUGGUUCCCAACCUUAGAGGAACUUACGCAUCUUCAUCA